AUGUUAACUUGGGCGCCUGGAAAAGCCCGCCACAACACUCCAAUCAUCACGCACGGAGAGGGCGUGUAUCUCUAUGAUGACAAGGGGACGAAAUUUUUGGACUGGACCUCGCAGGCAGUGUGCUCUAACAUCGGAUACGAUCUUCCCGAAGCAGUGAUUGAGGCCACAACCAAGCAAAUGUCGACUCUUCCGUUUGUAUACGGUGGCCUUGGUAUCUCUGAAGUUCGAGCGCGACUCAGUAAGCUCAUGACGGAACUUCUUCCCGGAGAUUUACAGGGAAUGGUCUUUCCGUCGUGUGGAUCGGAAGCGAACGAAGCAGCCAUCAUGAUGGCGCGUCGCUACACAGGAAAGUACAAGGUAAUCAACUGGUACCGUUCCUAUCACGGAGGGACGUCCAACUCGCAACAAGCAACGGGGGACUUCCGCCGAUGGUUCGGUGGCGAUCACGUUCCCGGCUUUGUCAAGGCUUUCCACCCCUUUCCACUGUUUUGGGACUUGGCGGGGGCGACGGAAGAAGAACGGACACAGCACGCCCUCAACAUGCUCGAAGAACAAAUACUGAACGAAGGUCCCGACUCAAUCGCUAUGGUCCAGUUUGAGUCGGUCAUCGGCGGUGGCGGUGUGCUCGUUCCUCCCAAGGGGUACAUGCAAGGAGUCCGUGCCAUGUGUGACAAGUAUGACAUUCUCAUGCAUUGUGAUGAAGUCAUGGUCGGGUUCGGGCGCACCGGAGAACUGUUUGGUUUCCAAAAUUACGAAGGAGUAAUUCCCGACAUUGUAACUGCUGCGAAGGGCGUGACCUCGGCAGCUCUUCCUUUGUCCAUGACGGCUUGCCGCAAGCACAUUAUGGAAGCCUUUGAAGAAAAACCAUUGGGCUGGGGAUCAACUUAUGCGUCGCACCCUGUCGCAAUGGCUUGCGCUUACGAAAACAUCAAAUACUUGAUCAAGAAUGAUGUUAUUGGACACGUGCAGCGGCUUGCCCCUACCCUCGAAAGCGAAAUGCGCAGAUUGACCGAGAACCAUCCGUCUAUUAAGCAAUACCGUAGUAUUGGUAUGUUCGGUUGCUUCGAUGCUCACUUACCGGACGGUUCCAACCCACAGCUUCAGCACACGGCUAUUGACAAAGCCUUUGUCGAGUAUAAGAAAGCCUAUACCGCCAAUGGCCUCAUUGGUCUACUCCGCCCCCCACACAUGCAUGUUGCGCCACCGCUCGUUAUCUCUGAAGAAGAACUUCUGGAUGGGUUUGAUCGACAGGACAAAGCUCUCUACGCCCUUGAUGACGCUCUCGGCUUCUAA